ACCUCCGUCCGUUAUCUUUGGUCUACGCUAUUACUAUAUUUAUAUUAUUCUUUGUGUAUGGCACGUGUAUUUGUUAUUAAUAAAAUUUCGUAUUUGACUAGAUUGUGAUGGGAAAGGUCAGUAUUGCUAAGAAGCGGCCGACUCCUGAUGGAUUCCAACCUCGCAAACCUAAGAACUCCAAGAAGUUGAAGCUGAGUCAUCCAGAGGCAAGCAGCAAGAAAGAGCAGCUUCCAAUAGGAAGCGGCGUUAAGAAACUUAAACACAGCAAGGAAAAGAAGCCUCCAAAAGGAAGCGGCGUUAAACUCAAACGCAACAAGGGAACUGUCUCAUCAGCUGGAGAAAGUAGCAUUGUCAAAGGUGGUUUGCAGCCCAAAAGAGCUAAAUCCAAGCCUGAAUUGGCGGGUGGAUUACCGUCCGCAACACCCACUACAAAAAAGGAAAAGAAGCAGCGUAAUAAAAUGUUGAUGGAGCAGGCGUCUGUUUUUCUUGGAAAUCUGCCCUCGUCGUGGAAGAAGAAAGGCGUCGUGGAGUUCUUCUCGGGGUACGGGCCGGUGAAGCAGCUGACGCUCCUGGCCGCGCCGGCCGCCGACUCCAGGGUGCCCAAGCACGCGGCGGACCUCAAGAAGCAGCUCGGCCCCGGCUGCCCCAGGGUGCUGGGGUUCCUCCUGUUCGACGACAAGCGGUCGGCGACGAAGGCCCUGCAGGCAAACGGUCUCGUGGUGGACGGUCGCAGCGUUCUGGUCGACUCGGCCGCCAAGUACUCAGACAUCGGCUACGAGAAAAGGAAAACUGUUUACGUGCACUACAUUCCCGACUCUGCUACCGAAAGUGACCUUCGGUUCGUGUUCAAGAGAUGCGGUGCUGUUGAGAGUGUGCAUAUCAUUGAAGGCAAAACUCAUGCUGGAACAAGGAUGGCAAGUGUACAUUUUGAGCAAUUUGAAGCAGCAAAUUUGGCUUUAAAAUGGAAUGGAAAGAUAUUCAAAGACAGAAAGUUACUCAUAGCACGUGACAACAUGUGGACAAGUUUCAGACUGAAUAAAAUAAAGAAAAGACUGCGAAAUGAAGCUAAAAAAAAUGGUCAGGCAACAGAGGUACCUCAAGAGACCAAUCUCCAAGCGACAACUGUCUCCGAGACCAAGAAACUGAAUAAGAACCGCAGCGCUGAGACGUUGGCUCGGAAAGUGAAUGGAGUGCAGAUGAAAGGUGGGAGGUCACAAAUUUCUGAUCGCCCCACCGGCGUUAAGAAGAGAAAGAAGGAGGCCAAACAAAAUGGAAUCCAAGGUGGGAUUGCAGAAGUCAGCCAGAGCGCAGGAAAGCUGAAGAAGCAGGUAAAGAAGGCUACAAGCACUGGCCAGCUGGAAACUGUACAGCAGGUGGAACCCUCUUCGAGAGCCAAGAAAGCCAAGUUGCAAGGAAAAAUAAUUUCUGCAGGAAAAACACUAAAAGAGAAAAAGAAGAAAAUCAAAGAACUGCAAAAAAAGAAGCUUUCAAUUGGGAAACUUGCUGGAGGACUUACGAAAAAAAAAUCAAUUUAAGCUGCUGUUAACAAUUGUUCAUAUUUUAAAUAAAGAGAAAUGUUACAACUGCCAUGCCAGAAUACAAAACAAACACAAACAUUAAAAAAAAUACCUAUGUCAUUGUUUUUAAAAUAAAAGUGGUUAUGAAAGUU